AUGUUCUAUUCACUCUCUUUUGAGAUCAUUCUAUCUAUCUAUCUAUCUAUCUAUCUAUCUAUCUAUCUAUCUAUCUAUCUAUCUAUCUAUCUGAAUCUUUUCAAAUCUAUCUAUCCAUCUCUCUAUCUAAUUCUAGUGUAUACAUGUAUUUAUAUAUCUAAUUCAAAUAUAUCCCUCUUAUUCAAAUAUAACUUAUUCACAUAUAUGCUUAUAUCUAAUUCAAACCUAUCUAUCUAUCUAUCUAUCUAUCUGAAUCUUUUCAAAUCUAUCUGUCCAUCUCUCUAUCUAAUUCUAGUGUAUACAUGUAUUUAUAUAUCUAAUUCAAAUAUAUCCAUCUUAUUCAAAUAUAACUUAUUCACAUAUAUGCUUAUAUCUAAUUCAAACCUAUCUAUCUAUCUAUCUAUCUAUCUAUCUAUCUAUCUAUCUAUCUAUCUGAAUCUUUUCAAAUCUAUCUAUCUGUCCAUCUCUCUAUCUAAUUCUAGUUUGUAUGUAUCGGCAUAUCUAAUUCAAAUCUAUCUUAUUCAAAUCUAUCUAUCUAUCUAUCUAUCUAUCUAUCUAUCUAUCUAUCUAUCUAUCUAUAUCGCCCUAUUUAAUGAUUCAUCGCCGUCAAGGUUGAUGCCGGGGGUAAAUGUUAUUGUUGCUGCGAACCGAGUAAGCAAGGUUGAUACACGAAUUAUCACGGCCUCUCGCUUAUUCUCAGGCAUUUAUUUUGCCAACAGGAUAUUGUGA